UUUAAGAGGAGGACAGUGAUGUUACUGUGUUCAGAGCAGUGGUCAGCUGAGAGGCUGCACCUCCAACACACAUCAACACAUGAACACAUGAACACAUGAACAUGAACACAUGAACACAGUUACAGGAGACAGGAUGGACGUCUUUCUGCUACAGAGCAGCUCUGCACUGAAGACUCAUCUCCAUGGUAACCAGAGGAUUCACGUCGUCCUUGGCAGCGAGUCAUGUGACCUGGACUCGGUUGUGUCAUCGUUGGCCAUGGCCUACUUCCUGUACAGAGUGAGUUUACACAGACAUGAGACGUCGUCCGGUCCUCCCAGUGGUCCCAUCGUUGUUCCGGUUCUCAACAUCCCCCGGUCUCAGCUCCACCUCAGAUUCGAUGUCGUCCUCCUGCUGAGAGAAGCCGGUAUUGCCAUGGAAACCCUGGUGUUCAGAGAUGAGGUGGACCUGGCCCGUCUCCACGGCGACAGGAGGCUGGCACUGACUCUGGUGGAUCACAACAUGCUGUCGAGCUCCGACAGCAUCCUGCACAGAGCUGUGGUGGAGAUCCUGGACCACCAUCAGCUGGAGAGGACAGCCUCCUAUUCCUGUCCUGUCACCAUGGAGACAGUAGCAUCCUGUGCUACCUUGGUAACAGGGAGGAUUCUGUCAAGGGCACCAGAGAUUCUGGACCGUCAGCUGGCUCUGCUGCUGUAUGGUGUGAUUGUGGUGGACAGUGUGAACCUCAGUAAAGCCACAGUUAAAGACAGUCAGACGGUCCGCCUCCUGCAAACACGGUUCCCUGAUCUGCCACCUGGAGGCGCUCUGCACUCGGCUCUGAAAAACGCCAGGUUCAACACAUCUGGUCUGAGCACAGAGCAGAUCCUGCUCAGAGACAUGGAGACAGUAACCGGGGGCGACCUGCGAGUAGCCCUGAGCAUCGUCUACAUGGGUCUGGAUUCGUUUCUGCUCCAGAGGAAACUUCAGCAGCAACUCUGUGACUUCUGCUGCAAGUACAGACUGGAUGCUGUGGUUGCUAUGACGACCACAAUCACUGACCAAUCAGAAGAGUUCAUCAGGCAGCUGGCGGUCUAUAGCGCUAAUCCUCUGUACAGACAGCAGAUUAGCCACGCCCUCUGCAGCUCACAGAGCCCCGCCCUCUGCCUCUCACCGGUCAGCAGCCCAUAUAAGGACAUCCUGGCCUAUCAGCAGGACAGUGUGUCGACCACGCGCAUGCAUCUCCUCCCCAUCCUCAAGCACUUCCUCACACAGAUGCAUUGUGGGCCAGACAUUGAAGAUCAACGGGAGGAGCUGGACGACCAGUCGAUGAUGAUGAUGAUGGUCUCGGAACCGACGGCUGAGCCUGCGGACGACCACUCGCCUCACCUCUACUCCAUCUCCCAGUACCACCGGCGGCGGCUGCAACUGGGAACAGAGGACUAUGGGAGUCCAGAGGAGGAUUAUGGGGGCAGAGCAAUGCGUCCACCACCAAACAGUUUGGUGGAAGGAUGUCCUUUAGAGGACGGAUUCAGCCAGGAAGCUUUACUGGAGAAAUUCAGCUGCAUGAGGGAGAGAAAGGACAUGGAAAACACACACAUCUAAAAACACACAGUCUAAUCAAUACUCACACAAAGUCGAAACACUAAGAAAAACAAAAACCCUAAAGAAAAGCAUAUUUACAGGGUUAACAAUAAAUAUAUAUUGUUGUUAAUAACAUUUAUCAAUAAAAACAUUUAUGAAACUGGUCUUAAAGGUUCAAUGUGUGAUAUUUAGUGACAUCUAGUGGUGAAAUUACAGAUGCAAUAUGAAACAUUACGUUCAAUCCAUGUUCAUAUUUGGUCAGAAAAGGCAACAUUGCAAAUUCUGGUGUUUUUUUUAACCCCCGAUCUCAUCUCCACUAUUUUUUAAAAGUGAAAACAGAUGGUUUAUAGAGUUUAUUUUAAUGCACAAGCUGUACGAUGUUAAUUUUACUCAUAUUUACCAAUAGCAGUUUGUCACUUGCUUAUAUAAUUUUCUGUCAGUACAGUGAUGAAAAAAUAUUUGACCAGUUUUGACAUUUAACUGCUGUAAAAACACCAGAAAUUAUUAUUAUUUUUUUACCUUGUCUUUUCUACAACCAAUCCAACAUCUUGGGUCAAAUUUAACUUGCAACUAUUUUCAGAUGUGGAUCAAAUCUAGGAACUGUGUUGAGGAAACUAAAUUAAAUUAUAAAGAAAGACACUAAAAGACAUGUUUUCUACACAGACAAACUGGGCACAAGUUAAGAAACAGGUUUCAGGUUUAUUGAAGGAGCUUCAUGCAUUAGUGUCAUGUGACAGGAUGUGAGUUUUGGUUCUGUACAUGAUUAAAAACAUACAAACAACAAACAUGAAGUGGAGACACAGCUGCAAAAAUAUGACAAAACCUAACAAUGUGGGUUUACAACUGAAGUAAAGCGCAUUUUGUUGUUUUAUAGCAGGUUUACAUUCGGAGUCUGUGGAGGAAGAGGAAGAAAAUUAAAAUUACUCAUAGUUAUUAAAAAUAGGAAUGUUCAAUAAAUCUGGAUUAUUUUGUGAAAAAAGAAACAAAUCUGAUUAUUCGACUGCUUUUUACAACUGUUUUAACAAUGAAAAUCACUUUGAUGUGAAAUAUUUUAAAUGCAUUAUGAUGAUGAUCUGAUAGAAAGGAAAAUUUCAGAUGAUUAAACAUGAAAAAUUACCUAAUUUUGUCAGCGAAAUAGUCUAUGACUUAGAUUAAUAUUAGAUUUAAGGACCAAAUAAUUUGUGAUUUAUUUGAGGAGAUUUUGCAAAUUCACAGAUGUAUAUGAAGUGCCUUAAUCAUCGUAAAUCUUUAGAAUAAAAUUCUAUAAUUGUCGAUCUUCAGUCUUUGUCUCAGAACUAUGAAUUUCCUUUUUUUCUUGUAUUGCCUUCCAACUGAAAUGAGUAAAAAUUUUUAUUUUUAACGUGAGAUGAACUUUUACAUGUAAUUAUUGAAAAGAAAGUCACAGUUGAGAUAAAUCAAAUGUCUUUAUCAUAGAUUUUAGCUUCUCUUCAUAAUCAAGUAUAAAAACAAACAUAUUUUGGGAAUUUUUGUUAAACUGGUUAUAAAUUCUACAGAUUAAGCUUCAGCUCCUCCUCCUCCGGCCUCAUUAUGAGAUCAAUCUGCUUUUUUAAGAUGAUUCCCAAAAAUUUAAUUCAUUAGCCAGAUUCUCUUGCAAAUAAACUUACAACACAUAUCAUUAAAAAGGAAAAAGACAGUGAAAAUGUCCACGCUGCUAUGACGAGGAAUUAUGUGCAACUGAAGUUAUAAAGAGAGGAACCCUUUACAGCUUUAAAACUCAUUUUUCACUCAGGAUAAAUGCACUUAAAGAGUUUUCAUACUGAAAUUCAGUUUGAAUGUUUAGAGCUGAUGGAAGGUAGAAAGAAGGCAAGGAAAGGUUUUUAUUUCCAGAGACGAGUUUUGUUGAUUGGCAGAGGUUUGAUCUCCGCAUUCAUUGCAAACACGACAAAUUCAGCAGCUUUUAAGAACAUUUUAAUAAAGGAGUUUUAACCUUUAUCUGAACGUAAACACAAAAGGCAGGAUUCGCUUAGUUUCACUUUUUAUUUCUUCUAUAUUAAACAGCCAAAACUAAGAAAGUGAAGUAGUGCAGAGUAUUUUUUCUGCUCAGACCGAUGGAGGAGAAAAAACUCUGCAGAUUAAAACUCGUCUCUGCAUUUAAACAUCUGAUAUAAAAGCACUUUUUCGAGCGCCUCCGCCCCUCCGGUUGCAUUGAUAAAAGUUUGUACCUUCUGUACGUCUCAAGGCAUCAGUUAUCUCACAGGAAACUAACUCCAUCUUUUUACAUACAUAAAUAUUCACAAGUGAAGAUAUAAAACACAGGAUUUGCUAUUUCGGUUGCUCAUCAGGUAAAGUUUUAGUCACAGCUGCUUCUUUUGUCAAGCAAUGGUGGAGUUUGAAGUAGGUGGCUAACCGUUAGCAUAAAGUAACAUGAUGCUGCUUCCCCUUCAAUAGUGGUCAGGACACAAAACCUUCAUACAACUGUACAGCCACUAAGGAACACCAAACAAUCACUUUAUUCCAGUGUGAAGCUUUAAAGCUAAAGCAUUUUGAUGCUAACAUUAUUUUGUUAUACUUUUAAUAAAAAAAAAAGAAGACAAAAAUGCAGCCAAGAUAAACUAAAACGGAACAGAAAAAGGCUAAACUGAAUGCUACCAUAUAAAAUGUUAACUGUUGUAAUAGAAUUUGUAAAAAGAACUGGCUGGUAAAAAUCAAGCAGAAAAAUUACAGCUAGCAAGAAUUUUGCAGAGUCGUUGUCAUGCAACCAGCCAAUUAUUAUUAUGAGCCUUGGAAUAAUAUGAGCCAAGUUCUUCUAACAUGACCAAAACAAAUGCUAGCUACUUUUAGCAACACAGCUAGCUGUGAAGAUUUGCUUUUUUUAAAUGUAUUUUUUUUUUAUCUUAGAUGGUGGUCUGUAUUUUAUCUUUUGGCCUGUUAAACAUGUUUUUAGACUUAAUGAAAAAUAAUCUAGAAUGUAAAUAACGGUUAGUUGAAGCCUUGAAGCUAUCUACUGACUAUAUGAGUUAGCCACCUAGUUUAGUUUGUUUGCAUUAGCUUGCUAGGGUAGUUAGUGUUAGUAGUUGGCUAACUAAGGAGAUGGCACUACAUUUGCUAGCCAUCUGCACUGUCCUCUCCCUCUAAAUCUAUACAAGAGGCCUGAUUUGUUCUGUAUUAUCUUGGUGAAACAGAAGAUUAAAUUUAUUUUGUAUAUACAGGGUUUUUUGGUUUUGUUUUUUUUGAAGAGUGUCUGAUAGAUGAUGCUAAUAAAAUAGAAGAUUAGCUGAUUCCUCAUUCUUUAUCAAGGAUCCUGAUAGACAUUUAUUCUAGAUUUUCAAAACAAUUUCAACUUUUUUGCAGAUUGCACAUAACUCACUUGCUUGUGUUAGCUGAUGUUAGCUUGAUAAGUGAUGUUAAUUGCUGCUAGAUCUCUAGCUAACAUUAACUAAAGUGAGUUCAUUAGAUAACGCUAGAUGUGUUUACCUCUCUAGCUAGCUUUAGUUCAAACACUGGCAAAAACAAAUUAUAUUCCUCCCUAGUUAACAAGACGUGCUGUUACUUCCCUAUAAAUUUAUGUAGCUUGCUAGCCGACGUUAGCUGCUGUUAGCUUGCUUGCUAAUCUUAGCUGAUGUUGACUUCAAUGUAUUUGAUAAAAAUGUGAUGUUAUAUUUCAUAUCUACAAUAUCCAAAGGUAACAUUUCAAUUAAUCUUUAAAUCUCAAAAACUGCUGUAAAUAUAUUCAAUAGCUAUAAAUUUGUAAAAA